GUUUCAUCUCCGUCUCUCAACCUCCGUUUCAUCUCCGUCUCUCAACAUCUACUUACAUACACCGUCCGUUUUCUUGGUCUCUCAUCACGUCCAGUCCUAGCUAUCGCCCCAGCUGCUCGUGCCCCAACCUCACCAGCGAUCAUUCCCGUUUGGUCGCGCUAAACAUCCCCAGCUUUGUUGUCAUUCUGUCUUGAGGCUAACAACGAGUCAACGACAGAAGUGUUUGAUAACCGAUUAAUGCUAAACGGUUUACCUAUGUCUUUCAUUUUGUUGAUUUCCAUGUUUAGGCUUUUGGUUCAGAUUUGUUGAUUGCUAGAGACUUUUGUAGGCUAUAGUUGUUCAGUGGAUGCUGAGCAUGCCCUAUGUAUGACAUUGGCCGAGGUUAUUGGGGUAAACACUAGGAAUUUGCUUCUUUCCCAUCCAGACGUACUGUGGGAAGGCUAAUGAGUCAAGUAUUACACAAAAUAAGCCAUUCAUUAUUUUUUGUCUUUAUCAAUCAGGAAGUCUUUUGAAGAUUCACUCAAAGCUCUGGAAGCUGAUAUUCAACAUGCUUAGACUCUGGCUUCAGAUUACCCAAGAGCAUACGUACAGGCGUGCUUGCCCUUCAAAUGAGGCUCUCAUACAUUCCUUGUGCUCAACUGCUCAUAUGUUUAUGUUUCUUGUUCAAUGGGAUGAUUGAAAGCUUGCUGGUGCUUUUGGUUUGAUUAGGAUCCCUAUAUUCGAGGUAGUAAAUAAUAGUAUUCGAUAGCUUAUGAAUUUGGAGCUGAAGUCACCAAAUGACAAUAGUAUGUACUUUUUGGUUACCGUUAAGGUGAGUUGUUUCCUUUUAAAAGACAUUACAACCUAAGGUUGGUCCGUUGGUCUUUGUUUUAUUCAGGUUUUAUGUCAUGCUACGUAACUCUCAAAUUGUCUUUAUGUUUUUUUACCUAAGUUUGGUCUUCUAUUUGUAGGUUCUCACCAGUUUGCUGUUUUAUUUUUUUGUAUGACUUUUUGUAUCUCACUGUCUUCUCUCCUCUUAGGCUAUGAGCCCGUUUGGUGAGCCAGUUUUUCGGCUUAUCAUGCUUAUCAACCAACUUUUUCAUCAAACACGUAAUUUUUGGUUUGGCGCGUUGAGUUGUGUAAUAAUAACAAAAAGUAAAGUUGAAGUUACUUUUUUGGUUGUAUUGGCUGAUGUUAUUGUAGAGGAUCAUUUUAGCUAUUUUUCGUAAAAAAUUUUCUUUAUUUUAUUAAUAAGAUAUAUAUUAAAUAUAAUUUUUUUUCAUAAACCAGCAGAUCAGCCAAUGUACCCACUUCAGUUAGAACUUCAUAAAUUUCAACAAAAUCAGCCAAAUCAGCCGAUUUCGUGCUACCAAACAGGCUCUAAAACUAAAUGAUUUUCAUUUGAUUCAUUCAUGUCUAUAUUCAUAGAGAUUAUGAAAUCUGAUACAUUUAUAAAGUUAAACAAAGCAUAAGGGGAAAAUAUCAUCAGCAUAAUGUUUUACAUACAACAUCAUGUUUUAUCUGCAUCAAGAAGAAUCAGUCACUUAGUGCCCGUUUAGAGGAGGAAUAAUUGGCUUAUAAGCCUCAAAAGCUAUAAAAAUAACCAAACACCUAUUGAAUUGGCUGGUGUGGCUGUUUUUUAUUAUCAGCUGAAAAAGUGAUUGAAUAGCUACUUUUUUAGCUGAAUUCUAUUAUCCUUCUACUGAACUAUUAGAAGACACUUUUAUCCCUACUUUAUUAGCACAAAGCUUAAGUCUGGAAACCUACAACGGUGCUUCCGAUCUCCCCUCAUGCCCUCAUGAGCGGAUUCAUGUGUAUCAAUUCUAGAUAGUAUACUCGAUUGGAAACCUAGGUAUUUGAUUGAAACCUGCCUUCAACAAACAUAAUUCCCAAUGGACCAUACUACGUAUUUGAUAUACUCAUACACAUUAUUUAAUUACACAUUCAAUCAGCAUUUCAGUCAGAAUAAUUCCAAACACACUCACUUCAUAAAUUUCAGUCAUUUCAGCCGAUUCAGUAAUUUCAGUUGUUGCAGCCAGUACCAAACGGACCCCUAAUGGAGAACUUCAAUAUAAAAUAGAAAGCAAACAAAGAAGAAAAUGAUAGAAACAGCAGGGAAAUACAUGGGUUUAAAACUAAAUCAUCGGCAUUUCCCCAUUUUGUUAUCUAAUUUUUUUGCAAUAUAAACAUACCCCAAACAUCCAUUUGUGAAAGGGUGAAAUUUUGGGGGAGAAAAUAUUGGAGAAAUUGGUAAUCAAAUAAAAUAAUAUAGUUGUACCUCAAAAAAAUUAUUUUUUAUACAUUAAUCACAAUACUAAGUGGUUUGAACCUAUGUAACAUCAACAUAAACACAUGAAUCUCAUUACAUAUUCCUUUGCAUUUUGUCAAUCCAAACACAAGAAAAGAACCACACUUAACAUUUUAUUCCUUUCGCUAGCAAUUUUUAGAGCUGAUAUAUAGAGCCCGUUUGGCUGAUUCUGCUGAUUUAAGAAAAAAUUAUCUUUAAAAUAUAUUUUAUUAAUAAAAUAAAGAAAGAAAUAUAUGUAAAAUAGCUAAAAUGAACAUCUACAGUAACUUCAGCCAAUACAGACAGAAAAGUAACUCUAACCUUACUUUUUCCUGUUUAUUACACAAUUCAGCGCGUGAAAACAAAAGUUACGUGUUUGGUGAAAAAGUUGGCUGAUAAGCCGAAAAGCAGUGUUGCCAAACGGCCUCUUAAACCCAUACAUUUCCUUGCUGUUUCUGUCAUUUUCUUCUUUGUUUGCUUUCUAUUUUAUAUUGAAGUUCUCCAUUAAGUUAUUGAUUCUUCUAGUUGCAGAUAAAACAUGAUGCUUUAUGUAAUCUAUACACAGUUACACACAAAGGUCUCAUGAUGGUUCUACUAAAAAGAUUCACAUAUCGACACAAUAUAUUCUUUACACUAAUGAGUAAUGACAUUGCCUUUGUAUAUCAAUAUACUUGAUCUAUUAUAAGUUUAUAUUACCGAAAAACAUUGGGCAUUAUCCAAUCGCGCAAAGCGCGUUACGGAAACUAGUACAUAUUACAGAGAGAAGAUUUGAAUUCAAUAUACAAAUAUUAGUCAACCCUCUUUAUAACAUCUCUAUUGUCACGUAAUUAUACGAAGUAUUAAUUAUACGAAGUAUUAAAAAAAGUUUGAUCGUCUCUCGCUUCUCUCUAGGGCUUCGGUCGCUUGGAGUUUUUUUCCGUCUUCGAUUUUAAUCGAAGGACGGCCGCUUUUUCCGUCUUCAAUUUUAAUCGAAGGGCGGAUUUGCUGUCAUGGCUCGAGGAGAUCGGCGUUGUGGUCAAAGUUCGAGGAUGAUGUAUUGCUGUCGUCGUUGGAGAAGAUCGGCGCUGCCUAUCCGUUUACUCUGGUUGCAUGAAGCAAGGAUGAGUUUGGUUAUGCAGGGACGGAGGAUUGAUGCAUGGCCUUUGGCACUAAUGCAUGCAUGAUCAGCAUGGGGAACUCCAUGGGUUCAACUCCUCCGCCUCCUCUCCAUUGUUCUUCUUCACCUUCUUGGCAUUUCAUCAAAUACCUUGCUGCUGGAUCUUCUUCACCCUCUGAAUGGCCAACAUGUACGCAAAUCUUUCUUGCCUCCUCCAUGGGAUUAAUCUUAGCAGCUGUUAUUCAUUUCCGUGUCAAGGAAAUCCGGGACCUGAAAAUCGUUCCAAGAAUUAAACUCUCUGAUUCCGGCCAAAUUCUCAAGCUUGAAAGGUUUCCUCAUUAUGUAGCUAGGCAAAUGGGAUUUGCAGAUAAGAGAGAAUGUCCAACCUUGUGCAAAUUAGCUUCUGAAUAUAUAAGAAAAGCAGAAGGGUGUGAAGAGGACAUAUAUAAUUUCUUUGCAGCUGAACCGGGUGCAGAUUCUCUAUUCAUAAAGCUUGUGGAAGAGCUUGAAAGAUUAAUCCUUAGUUAUUUUGCAUUUCAUUGGAGCCAAGUUUCUAAUAUGAUCAGCCAGGUUUUAAAUGCUGCUGAUCAUACUGAGCCAAAGAAGAAGCUCAAGAACAUUGUAAUGGCAGCUACUAGAGAUCAGAGAUUUGAGAGGGUGACUAAGAAUCUGAAGGUUGCAAGAGUGUUUACAACCUUAGUGGAGGAGAUGAAAGCCAUAGGACUUGUUGGUGCCGAUAAAUUGCAAUGCACAGAUGUGAUGGUUCCUAUGGCUCACAAAGAUAGGAGCCCACUCCUCUUUAUGGGUGGUGGCAUGGGAGCUGGGAAAAGCAGUGUGCAUAUUGUAUAAGAAAAUUGGGAUAAGAAACCCUAAAGCACUUUUGUCAAACAGCAAAAUUCAAUUAAUAAUAUUAUAUACUUUGUAUAUCUUUUGGGUACAUAAUCACUACAUAUGUACGUACCAUUUUCUGCAUGUAUAUGAAAUUCUUGUGCUCCUUGCCGGGG